AUGCCUCCUCGUCCCCGAGCUACAUCUAGCCCCAAAAGGACAAAGGCAAAGCGCAAAGUUGCGGAAUCUGGUAUCCCAGUGCUCACUGGGCAAGGAAAGAAGGUGUGGACAGCAGAUGAAGUUGGUUUGGUGUCGCUGCAGCUAUCUUCCGAUGUCAACGCUCUCCCCAUUCGUCGUUCUGGUCGUCCUGGUGCAGGUACAGGAGGAAGGAAUGCUCAACUAGAGAAAAAGCCUCCUCCGCCGUAUAGCAUCUCAAACGGUACGGGCUCUACCAUCACGAGUUCCUGUCAGAAGGGGAAAAAAGCCAAGACAUCUUCUGUCCCUGACCCGCAAGCCGAACCGGACAUCACCCGCGGCGAGUCAAGCUAUCAAUCAUUGCAACCGGGUUUAUCACUCUGCGAAACGGGCGGACACUUUGGAUUUCAAACGCCUCAAGGCAGCCCACCAAUCGUGCCACCUGGAACAGAGCCAGAUCUGCAAGCGCUUAACAAUUCUUAUGUAGCGAUCAUGAUGGCCAAGAAAGAUGCUAAGUAUUGUGCCUGCAGCGCUGUUCAAAGCCUUGCUGGAGGCCAUCAGUCUUCUUCUAGUGGGCCAGCCAAUGAUGAUCUUCUACGAUCAGUGCCACCUUCAGCCACCUUAAACUUACUUUCACAUCCUUCAUUCACUGCACGCAUUGUUCUGACUCUUUCCGAGAACUAUUUGGACCUGUCCCUACGAACAAUUCGGAUACUUCAGGCUCUGGUGAAAGUGGCGCAGGUGGCGAAGACAACUGACUAUUCUACUGACAGUGAUAACACUGGUGAAAGGGAGUUUGGUUGGGCUGAGGUUGGCGAAGCUGCCAUCGUGUACACCCAGGUUUUUCUCGGGAACCAGAACCUUCCCUGGUCCAUGUUACUUCCACUCUUGCUCCCAACUUCGACUUUCAAUACUCCCGCGAACAAAGAUGACAUGAACACCAAGCAAACAUUAGCUUUUGACAAACUGUCGAGUAAUGAGAUUGCCUCGGAGGGUGCUCGACGUGUCCCCUGA